CCAAAACAUGGGGAGAAGGGAAGUUAAUGUAGAAACAGAACGGCCAGCUGAUCUCAGCAGUGGAAUAUGCUCGGGAAUAGAGAAGAACACCCACAAAACGGAGAGCUCUAUAAAUCCUGUAACAAGUUGGACAUCUUCACCAGCGCCAAAACCCUGUCAAAUGUCCGACCAUAUCCUGCGGUGGAUGUUUAGGAUAACAGCUGAUGUGAGAAUUUGCCUGCAGAGGAUUGAUGAAGCCCCAGGCUGGUUGAAAGAGAAAGAACCUUUUUUACAGGACGUUUACAGUCUGCAAGAAACUGACAGCGACAAGUCAGGUCUCAAUAAUGUCAGACGAUGGAAAGUGCUGACUGGACAGGAAGUGUCAGCAGACCCUCACACACAUACUGGACCUCUCAAAUGCUCACACUUCAAACUAAACACAAAACCUCUGUCUGCUCUGAAAUGCCGUUCAGGCCAGAAUUCACUCAAGGGAACGUCACAUGAUGUUGAAACUGAGCCAGUGAUUGGCUACGUGGAACCCAUAGACGAGGAUUUCCUCAGCACAGAUGAAAAUGUCAUCCCCAGCUCACAGGACACAGACGCCCGGACACAGACUGCGACUUGUGUGGAUCUGAACACGAACACAAGAAGGGUGGGAAGAACAAGGAAGCGCACAAUGUGUCCAUGUUGCAUCCCCGGUACUCAAUAUCCUGCAGUGAAGUCCAGCGCCAAGUCAGUAGAGCCAGAAAAGUGGGCACGGACGACAGAGCAGACGAGUAGAAAAGGCGGAAAGCAAGACAGAAGAGCUUCUGACGGAGGGAGAGGCAGCUUUAGAACUGAUGAGAAACAGCAAAGAUAAUAAGAAAAUCCAAUAUUUCAGACUUUAAUAUUCUAACAUAGAUGUUACAAAGGUAAUGGAUUUAUUUUAGUAUCUAAACUGUCAUUGCUACUAUUUAUGUCAUUAGAAUUAACAAGGACUAACACAAGUAUCACGCUGGCUGGAAUAUGAAUGCCUCUAGUUUAACAGAGGUUGGAUUAAAAUUCAGUAAUCUGAAUUGUAGGUGUAAAAAAUGUUUUAUUUUAAAUAUGAUUUUGUCAGGUCCCAUUUGAUUGGAUUAUUGAAGUCAACUUUAGUUGUAUAAAGUUGCAUUUUUCAGUCUCCCUUGUGUUUUUGUGAAAGAUUUGUGUCGAUCAUGCUGUAAAAACAAAAUGAAACAGACAUUGAACCAA